AUGGAGAUCACACCCGAUGAGCUGAGAAAGGUGGUUGAGAGCAAGGAGUUUGACACCUCCUUCUUGGACAUGGCCCUGCCCGAUGUCAUCUGCAUGAUCCUGGCCCUCAGCAUGGCCUUUCUGGUCAUCUCCAUGAUUUGCCUGUGGAUCAGCAGGAAGAAGAGCCCUGGUCAGGUUGGUGAAUAUUAGUUACUGUUAGUCAAUUUGUGAAUCAGAUUAUUUUUGGUGGUAAUAAAAUCUCUGCCCUAGUUUGACAUAUUAUCUACAUUGAAAAUGUGUACUGCAUUUACAUAGCCUUUAUUGCUUACAUAGCUAGCAGAGCUCUGGACAGGUUGGUGAAUAGUUCUAAAAUCAUACUGCUCUAUGUAUUUCUAAGUUACAGUGUUUUUGGAGGACACACUCAACAUGUAUGUUUGUCACUAUUUCUGUCAGGGCAAAGAAGGAUUUCUGCAGUGCAAAGGUGACGUGCAGAAGCUGUGCCAAGGAUUUGAGCUGCAGGAGCAGGUCCUGCUCAAGAUGGACAGCAUGGAACAGCGCAUUGCUGCCCUAGAGGGUUUCCUCGGGUCCAUGUGGAGGAGGAGUUCCAGAGGCAACAGCACUCAGGAGGCCGCUGACAAGAACAGAGAUGACCUGGGCUUCUCCAAUGGCUCCGACUAA